AUGAUUGCAACCAGAAAAUCUAAGUUUGGAGAGGCACUCGUAAUUCAAACUACACGGCAGGCAGGAUCGUAUCUUCUCGGGUUUCGAAUAGAUCCACGCGAGCGUCUCAAUAAAGUAGCGAAGCAACUUGGUAGUUUACAUAGCAUUUAUUGGAAAAACCCUGUUCUUGGAAUUACUACUGGUCAAACAAAAGAUGAAACAAUACAAAAUGUAAAGAAAAUAAAUGAAGACAUAGAUGAAUCUAGAGGUCGAACUGCUGAAGAUCACUGUGAUAUUCUUUCAGUUUAUCUAGCGGAUGGAACCAAACUAAAAGACAGAGAGCCAGUGUAUAACGAGGACCUUGGCCUUGCUGUCGAACGUCUACCAGAAAACUAUACUAUAUCUGACUUGUGGAAGAUAAUACCAGAAAGGAAAAAAGAUAAAUGA